UAGAAGCACUUUUAUGGUAGAGCUCCAGGAAACCUCCGAUAUCCUCUCGCAAGCUACCUCACGUUCGCUGGUUAUUCUGGACGAACUCGGACGGGGAACAAGUACACAUGAUGGUGUUGCUAUUGCCUACGCCACCCUAGACUACUUUAUCUCAAAGGUUCAGUGCCAAACACUAUUUGUGACACAUUAUCCAAUUCUGGCAGAGUUUGAAAAAUUGUACCCUCAGAAUGUUGGCAAUUUUCACAUGGGAUUUAUUGUACAUGAAGAUAAUGAAACAGAUGGUGAAGACAAACAAACAAUAACUUUUCUUUACCAACUGGCAAGAGGGAUGGCAGCCAGAAGCUAUGGUUUAAAUGUCGCUCGACUCGCUGGAAUACCUCACAAUAUUAUAAAAGCUGCAGCUCGGCUGUCAUCACAGCUGGAGGAGAAAAUCCAGAAAAGAAGAUUAGAACUGGAGGCCUUUCAGAAAAUUAUGUUGGCAGCUGAUGAUGAUGAACUACUUCAGUGUACAAAGACAUUUUCGAAAUCAAAUUCUGGACAGAGUGAUUUACCAGAAUGA